ACAGAUUCGGUGCACCUUUCCUCUGAUAUUCGUUACAUUUUCUUUGCGAAUAACUCACUCAGUCUCCAAACGCUCCAAAAUGUCGCUGAUUCCACACAUUUUCGGCCGCCGAUCGAACGUGUACGAUCCAUUUUCUCUCGAGGUCUGGGAUCCCUUCCAGGGAUGGCCAUUCGACAACAAUUCCCGGUCAAUUUCCGAUCGGUUCAGCUCCAACUUCCCCUCUGAGACGGCAUCGUUUGCUCACGCGAACAUAGACUGGAAGGAGACUCCGACGGCUCACGUGUUCAAGGCGGAUGUGCCGGGGCUGAAGAAGGAGGAGGUGAAGGUGGAGGUGGAGGACGACAAGAUCCUCCACAUAAGCGGCGAGAGGAACCGCGAGCAGGAGGAGAAGGGCGACGCCUGGCACCGCGUGGAGCGGAGCAGCGGCCGGUUCAUGCGGCGGUUCAGGCUGCCGGAGAACGCCAAAGUCGAUCAGGUGAAGGCGGCGAUGGAGAACGGUGUGCUCACCGUGACGGUUCCGAAAGUGGAGGCCAAGACGACCGAUGUGAAGUCCGUUGAAAUUUCUGGCUGAUUUAUGUGAGUUGGAGUGGGCAUAUGUUUGUUAGGGUUUGGUGUGUAAAUCCAUGGGUUGGAAUAUCUGAAUUUUGGUUUGUAUCUGUAGAUGCUUAUGGCUUGAAUAUAAUUAGGGAGUGAACUCUGUUCUCAACUUUAUUUUGUAAUUUGUAAUUGUGUGUUGUAUUUUUUUUUUUCGUACUAAAUGUAGCUACAAAUUAGUGGGAUUGGUGUGGUUGAGGAAUA